UUACGUAACGAGGUGAGCGCACAAUAAUAAAUAAAUAUUAUAAAAAAAAAAAACACCAUGCAUCGGAGUGUUAAAGCUUACUGCUUCGAUUUUUUUCGAAGCACACUUGGUCUGGUGUAACAGCUAGUAAUUAAUACAAGGAAAAGUGUAAAAGUAUUUCCUUAAAAAAAAUAAAAUUUAAAAGUUUAUAAGACCAGGAGUUUUCCGGGUUAACGUGGGUCUUGAUGAGCGUACGAUCGAUCGGUAGCUCGCGUGCUCGUAGUUGAGGACACUGACGACGCCCGGGUUUUGUUCUUCAAGCUUCAAGAAAAGCUUAAAUUUUAAAAAGCAAAAAUAGAAAAAUUAAAAACAUUAAAUAAGGUUGAAUAUUAAGACUUAAAGUCCAAGGCAAAGUUUAUGGGGGACUUUGGAGGCGCAAGCCUUUUUUCAAAUACUCCGACGACAGGGUGCAGACAAACGAGCACGUCGUCAACAGUAACGCUGCUAAGCAACCAAGUAGGAGCUAUGCAAGACGAUCUUUUGAUAGAGAAGCAGAGUAGCGCUAAAGCAGCGCCUCUUUCACCAGGGCUGGAUCCACCCGGUGAUAAAUCCAAGGAUGUUUCUGAGGCUGAAAGCAUCGCCAUCGCUCCGUCUUCGACCUCGUCUAUGGACAAGGAGAUUUCUGGGAAUUCUUCAAGCUUGCAAGGAUUCACAGAGCCAGUUAGAGUUCCUAGCUUGUGGGCGAACACAUCUGAUGACUCUGGGCUUCAUUCGCUCCCGGUUAAUGGUUCAAUAGCGACUUUUCAAAACUUCCCGGCUGGUGGACCAGGAUUGUUUGCUGGGUCGGGAUCUAGGCGAGCUAUUACAGCGAGUCAUAAUUUUCCUCAGCAUGGGAAUGUAAGCGUUCCGGGAAGACAUGGGCUGCAAGUUGGUAAUCAGCAGCAGCAACAACAGCAGCAGCAGCAGCAGCAACAGCAACAGCAACAACAGGCUCAACAGGCUCAGCAGACGGGACAACAACCACCUACCUCUCAUCCAGGUGUCUAUCUUCAUGGGAAAGGAUACGCUGCUUGGUCAGGUGGUCCUCAAGGGCCUCAACAAUGGGGUGGAGGACCACAAGCUACCGCCAGCUCAGCAUUGUCACCCUGGAGUCGCGGUAGAUCCGUGCCAAAUCUCCCACCACUGCAUUCAUCCUUGCAUGCCGCAGCGGCGGUCGCUGCGGCUGCUGGCUUGCAAGGCAGAAAACCUAGUCCGACAUUUCCGGGGCAUUCGGGCCCAAAUCAAUCUCAUCCUUCGAAUAUCAGCCCGGUUAAGUUUCGCAGGAGCACUUCUUAUCCGGGAAAGGGGAAUCUUUAUCCACCUCAGCCAGCACCGACUUUUGAAGUUACUACUGCUGAAGAAAGAGAUUUGCUGCAGUUACCUUAUCAGCAGGAUCGUAUGACGGCGAACGGAAACUCACCACUGGAUAAUAUGAGAACACUGGAGCAUUAUUUGAGUGACAUAAUGCGAGCAGGAGCGGCAGAUACCCCAGAACAUUUAAAAGGAUUUAUCAAUUGUAACGCCAAUACACUACAGUCACUCGCUCAAUUACACGGUAAGUCUCCAUUUUUUCCUGGUCUUGAAGAUCAAACUGGAACUUUAUUAGAAGAUCCAACCGCAGGGCAGCUAGAUGGUGUAGGUGUUGGAGUUGGUGUCGGCGUGAGCAUGAAUCCGCCACAAGCAGCACCACUAUCAUCGCCAAGUCGUAGCAGUCCUCACAGCCAAAGCAGCGAAACUGGUGAACGUUUCUCAAGGAAAGUCUUCGUUGGUGGUUUGCCACCUGACAUUGAUGAAGAUGAAAUCACUGCGAGUUUCCGUCGAUUUGGACAACUAGUUGUCGACUGGCCGCACAAAGCAGAAAGCAAGUCAUACUUUCCUCCAAAAGGUUACGCUUUCCUUCUAUUUCAGGACGAAAGCUCAGUGCAGCAAUUAAUUGACGCUUGUAUUCAGGACGACGACAAGUUGUAUCUUUGUGUCAGUUCACCAACAAUUAAAGACAAACCUGUGCAAAUACGCCCUUGGCGUUUAAGCGACGCAGAUUUUGUCCUCGAUGCUUCAAUGACACUUGACCCACGGAAGACUGUUUUUGUCGGUGGUGUACCAAGACCUUUGAAAGCCGUUGAACUGGCAAUGAUAAUGGAUCGGCUCUAUGGUGGCGUUUGCUAUGCAGGAAUUGAUACCGAUCCCGAGCUUAAGUAUCCUAAAGGUGCUGGACGAGUUGCUUUCAGUAAUCAGCAAAGCUAUAUUAGUGCUAUUUCAGCUCGAUUUGUUCAAUUACAACACGGUGAUAUCGAUAAAAGAGUUGAAGUUAAGCCCUAUGUUCUGGAUGAUCAGAUGUGUGACGAAUGUCAAGGCCAACGAUGUGGUGGUAAAUUUGCACCAUUUUUCUGUGCCAACGUCACCUGUCUUCAGUACUAUUGUGAACAUUGUUGGGCAACGAUUCAUUCAAGACCAGGACGUGAAUUUCACAAACCGCUUGUUAAAGAAGGCGCAGAUAGACCACGUGCAGUGCCGUUCCGCUGGUGUUAACCCCCAGCUGGGUUUUAUAACAAUAUCGCGGUCUUAGCUAAUUAACUAUUAUUUUUACAAUCCUCUUAUAUCUUUAUCAACUUCUACUAUUACUUUAUUACUCUACUACUUCUAUUCUUAAUACUAUUACAACAACUAUUGAUAAUAUAUUAAUCGUCACGACUUAUUGUUAAUCCACAUCGUUUAUCAGAAUUUAAUGAUCAUCAAUAAUUGAUGAUCUGAUUAAUUAAACUAUUGAUCACUUUUUAAUACACAAUCAGCUGAAUUUACUAAAUUUAAGUUAAGUUCAGCUUGUUAUUAACUAUUUUAUAUCGAUCUCAAUGGAUUUAAGCGUACGAAGGAUAAUUAUAAUAUUAUUUAUUGGAUAAUCUAAUCAAAAGAACGUUAAAUCUAACUAAAAAAAUUUAAUUAUCAAUUGAAUUUUAACGCAGUAUGGUUGUUUCAUAAUAUAGAUGCUUUAAUGCUGUAUAUUAUAGACAGUUCAUCGUUAGGCAAGACCCAAUUCUGCAGUAAAAAAAAAUUCAAAAAAAAUAUUGAUAAAAUAUUUUUGGUCUGCAAUCGAGGGAAGUAAAUUUUUUUUUAAUCCUCUAAGCUGUGUAGAGAACUAUUUUUUUGUGGUAAAUGAAGUGGAAAAAAUUCGCACGUCCAAAUCCUUCCGUUGGAUCCUGUAGUAAUUAUUAUAUUAAAAAUAUUUAAAUAUCAUCUUGAGAAAAAAAAAAAUUUCGAAUUUAAGAUCAAGAUUUGAAUUUAUACUAUAGUGAUUAUACACGGAAAUAACAAGAUGACACGGGAUAUCAUCCCAGAUUAUACUCAGUGAUAUCUGUGGUGAAAAAAAAAAUUUAAGAUUGUAGCUAGAAAAAUCCAGAUUAUACUGAGUGAUAUCCGGAUUAUAAUCAUUGUAAUCUAAAUUUUAAGCGUUGUAAUCUGGAUUAUAAUCAUUGUAAUCUUGGUUAUAUUCAUAAUCUGGAUCAUACACAUUGUAAUCUUGAUUAUACUCAUAAUCUGGACUAUACACAUUGUAAUCUGGAUUACAAUCAUUUUAAUCUUGAUUAUACUCAUAAUCUGGAUUAUAAUCAUUGUAAUCUUAAUUAUAUCAUUGUAAUCUUGACUAUAAUCAUUAUAAUCUAGAUUAUAAUCAUUUCUGGAUUAUUAUCAUUAUAAUCUAGAUUACAAUCAUUGUAAUCUAGAUUGUAAUCUAGAUUAUAAUCAUUUCUGGAUUUUUAUCAUUAUAAUCUAGAUUAUAAUUAUUGUAAUCAUUGUAAUCUUGAUUAUACUCAUAAUCUGGAUUAUACACAUUGUAAUCUAGAUUUUAAUUAUUGUAAUCUUGAUUAUGCUCAUAAUCUAGAUUAUACACAUUGUAAUCUGGAUUAUAAUCAUUUCUGAAGUAUUAUCAUUAUAAUCUAGAUUAUAAUUAUUGUAAUCUGAAUUAUAAUCAUUGUAAUCUUAAUUAUAUCAUUGUAAUCUUGACUAUAAUCAUUAUAAUCUAGAUUAUAAUCAUUUCUGGAUUAUUAUCAUUAUAAUCUAGAUUACAAUUAUUGUAAUCUGGAUUGUAAUCUAGAUUAUAAUCAUUUCUGGAUUUUUAUCAUUAUAAUCUAGAUUAUAAUUAUUGUAAUCAUUGUAAUCUUGAUUAUACUCAUAAUCUGGAUUAUACACAUUGUAAUCUAGAUUUUAAUUAUUGUAAUCUUGAUUAUGCUCAUAAUCUAGAUUAUACACAUUGUAAUCUGGAUUAUAAUCAUUUCUGAAGUAUUAUCAUUAUAAUCUAGAUUAUAAUUAUUGUAAUCUGAAUUAUAAUCAUUGUAAUCUUGAUUAUAAUCAAUGUAAUCUUGAUUAUAAUCUUUGUAAUCUUGAUUAUAAUUAUAAUCUGGAUUCUACUUAUUAUAAUCUGGAUUUUACUAGGUACUAUCUAAAAUUUUUUUUUUACUAAGUAUAAUCUGCGAUAAUAUCCAGUGUCAUCUUGUUUUUUCCGUGUAUCCUGAUAAAAAAAAUACAACACAUAAUAAUCAUACAUUUAAAGAUUAAAAUAAUUAAAACUCAAUACUUAGCGAAAAAAUCUUUACAGCUAUAUAUAUGAAUAUCGUUUGUAUAUAUGUUCUCGAUAUCGUAAAUUUGCUACGCAAGUAAAAUCCUUGCGACCCACGAGUUGACGAGAUAUUAAUAAAAUAAUCUUCUAUCUCUAUUUAGGCUGCAUUAAAGGGAAAAAAAAAAAAAAAAAAAAAAAAA